UUGCCCAAGAUGAUUCAACUAAAGACGAUGCUCAACUGCAUCGACAACUCGGGUGCUGCCCUGGUGGAAUGCGCCAUGGUUGUCGGCCAAAAGAGGCAUGCUUCUAUUGGCGACCGCAUAGUAGUAGUCGUCCAAAAACAGCGCGGCGCCGACUCGGCCGGUAUGGCCGCCUCUUCGGCCGCCACCAAAGUGAAGCGCGGCGACAUCCGCCACGCCGUGGUAGUGCGCACCAAGCAAAAAGUCCAGCGACGCGAUGGUUCGGUCGUCCGUUUCGACGAUAACGCCUGUGUCUUGAUCAACAAGGCCGGCGACCCGAUCGGAUCGCGCAUCAAUGGUGUUGUGGGCCAGGAACUGCGAAAGAAAAAGUGGAGCAAGAUAUUGAGUAUGGCGCCUAUGCAGGCUUAGGCUUGAUUGAUCGAUCAUGGGGGAAGGAUAUAUGUACGAUGGAUGAGCGAGAAUCAAGAUGGAAUGAAUAUGAAUACCCGUGAAGAAAAGAGUUGAGUGUGCUGGGUGGGAUGUGGCGUGACGCUCCUUGAAGUGAAGAGGAGUGUGCUGGGUGGGAUGUGUCAUGGUAGUGACCUGGUGACUCUCGUGGAGGGCCAUGUGUCGGUUUGGUCGGGUUGUGCCGUGGUGAUGACUGACAAAGGACGCUACGGCACAUCACUUUAUUGAUAUCUGACGGAGCUGUGGUCUGCUUGCCUGGAUGGACUUAGGAUGGCCCGGUCUAUACGACUGAAACUACAACAAUGUUCUGGAG